AUGGGGCUCUCUAAGACACACAGGAUUCUCAUCCUGCUGGUCAUUGAUUCUGCUUUCUUUGUGUUAGAACUCUCAGCUGGUUAUGCGGUCCAUUCUCUUGCUCUCGUGGCCGACUCAUUUCAUAUGCUGAAUGAUGUCAUAUCAUUAUUGGUCGGCCUAUGGGCCGUCAAGGUCGCCAACCAGGAAACCGAGUCGAAGAUGUACACCUACGGCUGGCAACGCGCAGAAACCCUAGGUGCAUUGGUCAACGGUGUCUUCCUCGUCGCCCUGUGUUUGUCUAUCUUUCUCGAAGCGAUCCAAAGACUGGUGGAGCCGCAAGAAGUGAAGAACCCAAAAUUCGUAUGCAUUGUUGGAUGCUUGGGGCUGUUGUCGAAUAUCCUGGGUCUCGUGCUGUUCCACGAUCACUCCCACGGUCAUGCACAUGGUGAUGACCAUGCGAACGAAGAUCUUGAAGAUGUGGAUGCGGCGGAACAAGGACUCGGCCAUAAUCACACCCAGACCUCCUUGGCGGAUAAGCGGGCAUCUACAGCUACGCGCGAUUCUAACGUCCCUACCGAGCCCUCUUCUCCCUACUCCCGCAGACGCCGGACUCUGGACACCCAGCGCAGCUCCCGUCGGUACAGCACAGGCACCGGUCGCCCAUUCCUCGAGGAUAUUCAAGUCCACCCCGCCACCUUGCGACAAGAAAUCAUUGCAGCCAGUCGCAAUCGUUUUGAUGAAGUGUCUUCCGAGUCUGAGAGUGACCCCCGAGAAAGCGACGAAGGAGAGAAUGGCCAGCCAACUGAACGAUCGACACUGCUCCGCCAUAAGGACAGGGCUGCCCACUAUACAGAUGAGAGCGAUGCACCGCACAAACGGCCAGAUCUCGCGGCGGAUGACGAAAUUCACAGAUCUCACAAUCAUUCGCAACCGAAGCCAAAGGACAGCAAAGGUGGCCAUGGCCACGGACAUGACCUCAAUAUGCGCGGUGUCUUCCUCCACGUGAUGGGAGAUGCACUUGGCAAUAUCGGCGUGAUCCUCUCGGCGUUAAUUAUUUGGUUAACCGAUUACUCCUGGAGGUUCUAUGUCGAUCCCGGUAUUUCUCUAGUGAUUACCGUGAUCAUUCUUUGCUCGGCGAUCCCGCUUUGCAAGGCCGCCUCGCGGAUCCUCCUGCAAGCAGUUCCGGCCGGAAUGAGUAUCGAUCAUAUCAAGGAAGACAUUGAGCGUCUUCCGGGUGUUAUUGGCUCGCAUCAUCUCCAUGUCUGGCAAUUGAGCGAUACCAAGAUUGUUGCGUCGAUCCAUAUCCAGGUCGACACGGAGAUCAAGGGCGAAGGGUCGGAGCGGUACAUGCGCCUUGCGAGGCAAGUGAGAAAAUGCCUUCACGCUUACGGCAUCCACUCGUCCACCAUCCAGCCCGAAUUUGCCCCAGAGAGCGAUUCCGAAGAUAAUCAAGUGUACCCCUCAUCAUCCCGCGCAAGCAACGAUGAGGCCGCGGGGUCGAACAAGCUGCCCAGCCGCGCGGAAAGCGUGGGAGAGGGAGAUCCCAAGGCGUGUCUACUUGAAUGCGGUGAAGAGUGCGCUCGACGGGGACAAUGCUGCCCCAAGAAGUAG